AGCAGUUCUGAGAAGCUGAGACCUGGAAAAUCAGCUGAAAAUGAAAGUGCUGGCUGCGUGUUACUACACACAUCGAGGAAGUACCUGAAAUUAAAGAAUUUUGAGGAAGAAGUCAGAGCCCACAGAGACCUGGAUGGGUUCUUGGCCAGAGCCAGCAUCAUCCUUGAUGAAACAGCCACCUCUUUGGAUGAUGUCCUUCGAGAGAUGCUGAAACAUUUUGCUGAAGACCCCGAGAACACGGAGCCAAGCUGUAACUUUGAAAAAAUCAUGAGCACUUUAUUCACGGAUUCAGGGACCCCACGAGAAGGGAAUGGCAUCCAUGACGUUUCAGAGCCAACAGGAAUGAAUAUACAAACAUGUACAUCGCAUCUCAAAUUUCACCUCUUAUCAGAUACAAUUCAAGGGGUCACAGCGACAGUCACAGGGGUGCAGUAUCAGCAGUCCUGGCUCUGCAUCAUUUGCACUAUAAAGUCCCUGCAGCGACGUCAUGUUUGCAUCAGUCGCCUUGAGAGGCCUCAGAACUGGGGUGAGAACUCCUGUGAAGUCAGAUUUGUGAUAUUAGUCCUGGCACCUCCUAAAAUGAAAAGUACCAAAACAGCCACAGAAGUGGGCCGGACUUUUGCCACGAUGUUUUCGGAUAUAACCUUUCGGCAGAAACUGCUAGAAACCAAAACUGAAGAGGAGUUCAAGGAAGCCUUAGUCCACCAACGCCACUUGUUGACAGUGGUGAAUCAGAGACCCUCAGCAAUGGGCGACGGGCACAUGCCACACGGUCCUAAGCCACUCAAGCUGCAUGAGUUUCUCAAUGUUGGCAAGGGGAUUUUUGAUGACAUUGCACGAAGAUUUCCAGUGUACGCGUUGGACUUCACUGAUGGUAUUAUUGGAAACAACAAGGCUAUAGGAAAAUACAUCACAACUAUGAUUUUUCUGUAUUUCGCCUGCCUCCUUCCAUCUAUUGCUUUUGGGUCCCUCAAUGAUGAAAACACCCGAGGAGCUAUUGAUGUGCAGAAGACAAUCGUUGGCCAGUGUAUUGGAGGGCUGCUUUAUGCACUCUUUUCGGGGCAACCUCUCGUCGUGCUCCUGACUACAGCUCCUUUAGCACUCUACAUUAAUGUCAUUCGAGGAAUCUGUGAUGACUACAACUUGGAUUUCAGUGCUUUCUAUGCUUGGAUUGGACUGUGGAACAGCUUUUUCCUUGUGGUGUACUCCCUCUUUAAUUUCAGUCUUCUGAUGAAGCUCUUUAAAAGGUCAACAGAAGAAAUAAUUGCACUUUUUAUAUCAAUUACUUUUGUGCUUGAUGCCUUCAAAGGCAUUAUUAAAGUUUUUAAGAAAUAUUACUACCAUGGGCGCACAGGAGACAGUUACUUGGAAAAAGCACGAACUGAUGCUAUUCCAAGCCUCGGCAUCAAUACCACCUUCUUGAUGAAUUCAUCAGUGAGCAGAUCCAUGUCCCUAGAGAAUCAAACAGGCACGCAUGAUGUGCAUUAUGGACGUGAAACUGCCGUCCUUAGUCUCAUGUUGAUGUUGGGUACCCUUUGGCUUGGUCAUACGCUCUAUCAGUUUAAGAAAAGCCCGUAUUUGCAUGCAAGAGUCCGUGAAAUUCUGUCCGACUGUGCCUUACCAAUUUCAGUUUUGACUUUUUCUGUUGUGGGUUCCUAUAUCUUCAAGGAAAUUGAAAUGUCCAAAUUUAACUACAACCCAUCUGAGAGCUUGUUUGUGCUGGCUCCUGUCCAGUCCCUCUCCAUUGGUUCGGUGAUGAGUGCUAUGGGGCUGGGGUUCCUCCUCUCAAUGCUCUUCUUCAUAGAGCAGAACAUUGUGGCAUCGCUCACAAAUGCUCCAGAGAACAGGUUGGUGAAGGGAACAGCCUACCACUGGGACCUUCUCCUUGUGGCACUGAUAAACACGGGGCUGUCCAUCUUUGGCCUUCCAUGGAUCCAUGCUGCCUUCCCUCACUCUCCAAUGCACGUCCGUGCUCUGGCCUAUGUAGAGGAGAGGGUUGAAAACGGGCACAUCUACGAGACGAUUGUGAGUGUGAAGGAGACCCGGCUGACAAGUCUGGUGGCAAACUUCUUGGUUGGCCUCUCGCUCCUGCUCCUCCCUUUCCCCCUCCAGUGGAUCCCAAAACCAGUCCUCUACGGCCUCUUCCUCUACAUUGCAUUGACUUCCAUUGAUGGGAACCAGCUCUUUGAGAGGGUGGCUCUGCUGCUCAAAGAACAGACUGCUUAUCCUCCGACUCAUUACAUCCGCAGAGUGCCCCAGAGAAAGAUCCACUAUUUCACAGGCUUGCAGGUCCUGCAGCUCCUCAUCCUCUGUGGUUUUGGCAUGUCACCGUUGCCCUACAUGAAGAUGAUCUUCCCACUCAUCAUGAUAGGAAUGAUCCCAAUCAGGUAUAACCUGCUCCCUAGAAUCAUUGAAGCCAAGUACUUGGAUGCUAUGGAUGCAGAGCACUAAACAAGAUCUGCUGCAUGUGGAGCUGUGAGGAUGGCUCUUCUGGAGUUGGAAGGAUGGGGCGUCUUUGCCAAGGCAUAGAACGAGUCUAUCUGCAGUUCUUUCUUUCACCACUUUCUUUCUGCUCUAAUAUGGCGUUGGUAAUGCACAUAUCAAAGACCAAUUGAGCAUUGAAGUGUCAGACCAAAACAGCCAUGGACUUGAGAGGCCAGUGAUCUUUGGAGCUGUGAGGCAAGCGAGCUCGAUGGAAAUGCCACUUUUCACAUCCCAAAACUGGAAACCCUGAAAAACAGCAUGCCAUACAGUUGGAGCAUGCAUUCAGAGUUGUUGUGUUCCCUUGUUUGAGGGGUGGGGGAAAAUCCCUUUUGUAUGCAUCACGUCCCUUUUUUCCAAAGCACUAUAAGGACAACAGCUGACCCUUUUACAGAAUGACAGUCCUAUUUUGUUUGGCCUUUGAAUUCCAUUUCCUAUUAAUCCAACAUUCCCAAAUUGGUAUCCCAGGUGGGAUGGCCUCAUGGUAAACUGUUGUCAGGGGGAAAUGUCUGACUGUCUCUUCAGACUCAUUAGCAGAAGGGUUGGAAACAAGUUAGUUUGUACUGAUACAACCCACAGCUUUGGAUGAGUAUUUAAUUCCUACAGAUGACCUGGAAGUACUCAGAAAUUGGGCUCGCGUGGUGAUGUUGAUGGAACUGCAUCUGGGUCUGAGCUACUUGGGAAUUACUUUGGCUCUUUCUAAUUUUACCACUUGGUAAUCAAACACAGAAGUGUAGUUUUGCACAACUGCAACGUCCUUGCUUGCACCCAGAGUCAGAUGCUGAAACUUGUCUAAGGGCAGUUGUGUUAAUGAUUGCAUAUACAUAUGUACAGUAGUGCCUCUGUGUACAUAUAUACAUAUGGAUUUGUGUAUAUAUUUUGCAUAGAUAUUCAAAUAGGCCUGAUUCUUUCAAAAUAUCAGAAGUGUUUUGUGCAAUCAGUGUUACCUGUGGUGUCUUGACCAUAUACCUGUUCUCUGCUUUAGUGCUGCUUCUUCUCAUUUGUUGUAUGGUCCCUUGGUUUUUUUCCUUCUGAAGCUGCUUGUUUACUAUUUUUUUUCCAUGUUUCUUUAUUCAAGACAUUUCUUUGCUUUCCUUUUCCCAUGGCUUGAGACCUUCAUCAUUCUGUCUUGGUGGUCUGAUAUGUGAAUUUUGCAUUUAAUUUUAAUGUACAGCAUGCAAUGAAAGUUCUCCUUUGCCUAAUCAAUAUUUGUUGGUCAUUUCAUUGUUUCUGUUCUGUGACUAACCUCCAGUUUUUCCCCUGCUCCCAGACAUUAUAUUAUAUUUCUGGAUGAAUCUAA